GGCGGGUAGGGGGAGCUGCAGUCUGGGUGACUCUUUCUCCAGCUCCAAUUCCAGCUUGUCCCCGCAGCGGGAGGCACGGAACGUUCCAGCCUGUUGCUUGCAUCCUCUGGGGCCGCCCCCGCGGCUCCGUCCUGGGUAGGAGAGGGAAAUGUGAGCCAGUUCUCCUCCCAUUUCUUUUCUCUUCACCCACCCCCAGAGCUGCUCUCCGACUCAGUAUCCCGGCCAGCGUCCCCGCCCCCACCCCGACAGCCUUCAAGUCUCCCCGAGCGGCGCAACGAGUCCCUGCAGAGCCCGGACCUGGGCCCCGUGGGGCUGCAGAGUGGGAGAGAAGCCAUCGAGGGGACUGUCUGCGGGAGGCAGGGACUGCGUGCAGUUGAGUCCCGGGUUGGUCGGUCGGUCAGUCGGUCGGCGGGGCGCGCUAGGGAGCCAGAUGAACGGGACCUUCUUGAAUCAGAGCGCCCUGGAACCGGGAGGCAGCGGAGGCGGAGGCAGCGCCUACGGCAACCAGAGCCAAGGGCUGGACACGUGGCUGGGCUGCUGUCCCGGAACCCCCCCGUUGGUGGCGAGCGACGGGAUCCCAGCGGGUCUGGCCCCUGACGAGCGGAGCCUGUGGGUAUCGCGAGUGGCGCAGAUCGCAGUCCUCUGCGUCCUCUCCCUCACCGUGUUCUUCGGCAUCUUCUUCCUGGGCUGCAACCUGCUCAUCAAGUCAGAAAGCAUGAUCAACUUUCUAGUGCAGGAAAGGCGACCCUCCAAGGACGUGGGCGCAGCCAUCAUGGGGCUUUACUGAAGGCGCCUCGGGGACCCUGACGCGAGUCCUUCCCUCCCUCCCCGCCCGAGGGCCCCACGCGGGCUUGCUCCGGCACCUGUGAAGUCCGGAAAGAUUGCUUUUUGAGGAUGAAGGAGCAGCGGCAACCAGGCUGUGGGAAUGCCUUGGUUGAGGGGACCCGAGCCCCCCACAGGGCUGAAAGAGCACUUCCUCCAGGUGGUCGUUUGGGCAAACCCAGCACCCGGGUGCGCUCCAUCCCUGCUGUGGGUGCUCUGUGACUUGUUCCGUGCAAAGCGGUCCUUUAGGAACAUUGCCUUGUAAAGUCCAGUCUGGUUGAGUGGCUUGGGGGAUUUCAACAAUUGUUAUUUUAAAAGAAAAAGGAAAGGAGGGGAAAGAAGAUGGGGUGUGGGUGGAAAUAGAGAAGAGGGACCCAGCAACUGUCUUGCUUUAUUGGAGGCGGGGGUGUUCGUUUUGUUUGGUAUGGGGAGGUGGGGUGGGAAUUU